UGUGAAAGACAGAUAUCGGGCCGUUCAGCUUGCUCCAAGCGGAUCUCAAAUCCAAUUAAAUCGGUUUUAUAGCGGGCGACAGAUUCCGCGAGUAAAAUGUGCAGCUCAGUAAGGGGAUUAGUUUAAUCUGAGUCGAAAUUCCAGUUCAGAAAGGCGUCCUGGUUUCUCCCUUUGCCGCGAAAAGGUCGAGACUUGAACGCAUGACACCCGCUGAGCGUAUGCACAGUUUGUUAGAAGUCUAUUUUAUUGCUAUUUAUGAAUUUGUAAAGCUUGGUUUUUUUUUUUCUUUUUUGUAUUUUUUUUAAUCUCUAGACAACCCAGUUUUGCCGUUGGAUCAAUCAUUGAUUGUCAGCUUGCGGUCAAUUUCGGACUCCCGGCAAUUGCAAUGCAAACGCCUUAAAAGAGUUUGCUUGAGGCUGAAAAUCUGAGCGAAAAAUUGGGGUUUGUAUGUAAAGUAGCAGUGGUUUCGGGGUUUACAUGUAAAUUAUUGCAAAUUUUUGUUCGAAAAUGUGGCUGUAAAUACUCGUACAUGACCAUGGCAGGAUGAUUUAUUGGCCGGUCUGAGAACCCAUUUUUCCCGGAUCGCUGCGCACCGCAACUCAAACCCUAGGUUUUGUGUUUUUCGCUUGAAAAAAAUGAAAAUUUGGCGAUAAUUUGCAGCGUAAUUUGAUAAAUUCUUAGGUGAUUAACGUGGCUUGCAAAUUGGUGCAAAAUUGUUUCAUAACGUCCCUUGGGCCGGUAGGAGGCGAGGCAAAUCUUGUAGCUACAACGAGUGAAAAGAUUACAUAGUUCGGCCAAUGGGAUUGAAGCCGGUAGCUGAUGUGGAGGAUGCUGCUUACUUUUAAAUCACAAUUGUAAUGCUUGUGGCUUUAAGAGGCUUGAAUUUGUCCUAUGGAGAUAGUGUUAUUGAUGAGUGGCUACAGUUAGCAAAGAUUUGAGUUCAGGGCACAUUAUUUGUAGGAAAAGAGUUGAUAUCACUUUUUCUAGGUCCCAAUCUGUUCUGAUAGAAAGCAGAGUUGGCUAUUGAAAAUAGAUGCAGCCCGUGGUUGUUUCUUCCAGGAUUGAUUAAUUGUAUUUUCUUGGCCCGCUCUUCAUGACAGGUGCCAAUCUGCCAUUUGAGAAAUGAGCUAUUGUUUCUAAAGAUACUUAGCAUAUCUUCGAGAACACUUCCCAUUGUUUUGGUCGUAAUUCAGAAUUUAACAGCUUCUCCAAAGCUGUUCUGUUGACGCUGUAACUUACAAAUCACUGAAUUUGUUUUUCAGCUCGUAAAGUAUAACAGGGGCACGGCUUGGCUUGGUUCCUGUUUGGGUUGAAUUGGACUGGUUCCUCAUUUGGUCCAUUAGUUGGAGUGGAUUGGACUGGUUCCUGAUUUAAUCCAUUUGGAUUGCAAUUCUCUGAUUGCUGGUCAUAGCAGGACCUUAGAAGAGAAUGCUACAUUUCUCCACAGCAAUCAAUUGUCCUGAUGCCCUGGUGUAUUUCGCUAAGAUCUCUUAUAUUUAAUAGUACUCAUUUUAAAGGGGUGACAGUUCUUUGCCUAUUCAAGGAUCCGUUUUUUUAAAAGGUACCAAUUGAAAGACUAUGCAAUGGGUCAGUCUGUGGAGCAGUCUAAGGAUUUUCAGGGUUCACCAAGAUGGAUCCCUACCAUUGAUAUUUUUCAAACAAAGGAAAAUACAGCAUAUAUUCCAACCAAGUUGAAUGACUUCCAUGUACCAAGUGAUACCAGUUUGUUUUCAAGAUCAUUGCCUGUUCUUUUUCAUGGAAAAUUAAAUCUGUCAGAUAAGGAGUGCAUUGAAAACUCCAACAUAACUACGUCUUGUCAUAUAAAUGAAAAACCUCCAGGAGAAGAUCCUUUGGUAACUCUUCAAGGCAUGGAGAUCCAAGGUCAAGGAUUUGUCCUUCCUGACGACGAAGAAGAGCUUCUGGCUGGCAUAAUGGAUGAUUUUGAUUUGACUGGUCUACCAAGUCAGGUUGAAGAACUAGAAGAAUAUGAUGAUUUAUUUAGCAGUGGAGGUGGUAUGGAGUUGGAUUCUGAUUCACAUGAGUGUGUUAAUUAUAACUACAGCAACAUUGUAACUUCAGAUUAUAUUGCUGGGGGUGGUGCAAACCACCAUGGCAUUUCAAAUGUUCUUGGACCUGUCAUAGGAGAACAUCCAUAUGGUGAACAUCCCUCCAGAACUCUAUUUGUGCGAAACAUCAAUAGUAAUGUGGAGGAUUCUGAGCUUCGUGCUUUAUUUGAGCAACAUGGUGACAUCAGGAUGCUCUACACUACAUGCAAGCAUCGUGGUUUUGUGAUGAUUUCAUACUAUGAUAUUCGUUCAGCACGGGAUGCUAUGAGAAAUCUUCAGAACAAACCACUACGUCGGAGGAAACUUGAUAUUCAUUUUUCUAUUCCAAAGGAUAAUCCUUCAGAUAAAGACAUAAAUCAGGGUACACUUGUUGCCUUCAACUUGGAUCCAUCUGUGUCAAAUGAUGAUUUACGACAAAUAUUUGGAGCUCAUGGGGAAGUAAAAGAGAUAAGGGAAACCCCCCACAAACGACAUCAUAAGUUUAUUGAGUUUUAUGAUGUGAGACAUGCUGAAGCAGCAUUACGAGCCCUCAACAGGAGUGAGAUUGCUGGCAAGCGUAUCAAACUUGAACCUAGCCGUCCUGGUGGAGCAAGGCGCAGCUAUAUGCAAUGUCUGAGCCAGGAGCCAGAGCAGGAUGAAAACAGACCUUACCAACAACAAACUGGUUCGCCAUUGCUGAAUUCACCUCCAGGGCCUUGGGAACAUUUUAGCACUCCUAGUGAAAAUGGUUCAGUACACAGCAUGACAUUUUCACGUGGUUUUGGAAAUAUAAACUAUCCACUUAACAAGCCAUCACCAGGGAUUGGUGCAAGCCUACCACCUUUCCCUUCUACCAAAAGUGGAAUUGUAAAUGGCGAUUUUGCAAGAGCUAAACAAGUUGAGCAAAUGGCUACCUUCAAGAGUUUUACAAAGCCUGGUCAACUAAAUCAGUCUCAUUCUUUUCCAGACUAUGAAAAUGGUAUGCUGCAGGUGAUGCAUUAUAAUUCUUCUGGAAGUGUGCCUGUACCACAGAGCUCCACCCCUUUUGGGCACCAUGAAGGGACAGGAGCAGGAAGCAGUGGGUCAGUUGGUUAUCCAAGUCCAAGUUCAGCUGGAAGUGGUACAUUCCCAGGUCAUCACUAUUUGUGGGGCAGCGCAAGUCCCUAUUCUCAUCAUAUUCCAUGGCCUGGACCAUCGCAUGGACACACAUUCAAUUCUGGUGGAGCCCAGCCUUACUCAAUGAGACAGAUACCUUAUCUAAGUUCAUCCAUGACGUCACGUCAUUAUCAUGUUGGCUCUGCUCCGUCAAGUGAGCCUUCACUGGAAAGACACUUCGGUUAUAUCACAGAGUCACCUGAUUUGUCUUUUGUGAGCCCUAGCUCUCUUGGAACCAUGAGUUGUACGACUGGGAGCCCUGUAAUGGGUUUUGGUGGACAUGGUGUUGUAAAUGCUGGUGUUGCUGGUAUGACUUCCAAUGGAAGCACUGAAUGUGGGUCUCCAAUUGGGGUUCUUUCCCCACAGCGUAAAGGCCGGAUGUUUACUGGCGCUGGCCUUACUGGUACAAUGGCAAACUUUGGAGAAGGACUAAAUGAUCGUGGCCGAAGCCGUCGUGGUGAUUCCAGUACGAAUCAAACAGAUAAUAAGAAGCAAUAUCAACUUGAUUUGGAGAAAAUUAUGCACGGUGAAGAUACCCGGACAACUAUUAUGAUCAAGAACAUACCCAACAAGUAUACUUCAAAGAUGCUAAUUCUUGCUAUUGACGAACACCAUCAUGGAACAUAUGAUUUUCUUUACCUGCCAAUCGAUUUUAAGAAUAAAUGCAAUGUUGGCUAUGCAUUUAUAAAUAUGACGGCUCCAUCUCAUAUUAUUCCUUUUUAUCAGGCAUUCAAUGGAAAGAAAUGGGAGAAGUUCAAUAGUGAGAAAGUUGCUUCUUUGGCAUAUGCGCGAAUUCAGGGAAAAGCUGCUCUUAUCUCACAUUUCCAAAAUUCUAGUCUGUUGAAUGAAGAUAAGCGGUGUCGUCCUAUUGUUAUUAAUCCCGAGGCUGGGAAUCAGGAGGUCCUCCCAAUGGGACUUGAUCUUAAAGUAUAUCCAGUAAAAGAAUUUGGCGAUGGAGGCAUACAACGAAGUCCAACAGAAAAUGUUAAUAAUGAUGAAUUGCUACAAAAAGUUGACAAUACCACCAAUGACAACGACUUUAAUGAAAUUUCAAGUGAAAUAAGCAAGUUGCUUGACCUUUCUUGAAUUAAUGUGUAGAUAAAAAGGGCCUCGAGAAUUAUUAGUAUCAUGUGGGUUGUAUAUGUGGGACAGCACUCAUUUUUUGGCUUUUGGUAUUCCUGGUGGUCUCAUUUUGUUUCAUCAGAUUCGGCGAGGCUUUUGUUCAUUUCUGUAUAUAUAAAAGGUUUACAUGAUUGGUUAGUUUUGUGUUUGAAAGCCGGCAAUAUACUCAGGUUAAACAACAACUUUGAAGAAUUUGCAAUAACAUGCAAUUCUUCUGUUGAAUCCAACCUGAGGAAGUGUACAGGUGAACUGAGAGAUUAACGAAGGUUUUCUUUGUCAAGGCAUUGACAUUCUUUAUGUAAAUUUACUUGACUGAAAAACAAUUCCAAUGGUGACAUUUCUAAUAUUACAAUGUAGAUCUCCUAUCACCAUUAAGACAUGGUGUAAGCUAUUGA